UUUUAGAGCAAAGUUAGUUUUUUUAUUCUCCUUGUCUUUGUUUGUUUUCUCGACGAAUUCCUCUGUAGACUCGCUUGAGGUUCAACAACGACAGCGUAAUGUCCGAGAGAAUCUUUUCUUGGCCCUGCAGCUUGGUUUUGGUGGGAUUUUAGGCUGUAAGCCGAGAGGAACAGGGUUCUUUGAGCGCUGAGAGUGAAGAGUAAGCAGGUUUAGCCAAGAUGGCCCAGCAGACGAGCUUUCUUCACAUUGGAGAUAUCACAUCUCUCUACGCCGAGGGAACUGUCAAUGGCUUUAUUAGCACACUUGGUCUCAUCGAUGACCGAUGUGUUGUACAACCCUCUGCUGGUGAUCUUUCAAAUCCGCCGAAAAAAUUCCGUGAUUGUCUGUUCAAAAUAUGCCCAAUGAACAGAUAUUCCGCUCAGAAACAAUUCUGGAAGGCAGCAAAACCAACAACGUCUGCUACAGAUGCAGUACUCCUGAAGAAACUCCAUCAUGCAGCAGAACUGGAAAAGAAACAGAAUGAAACUGAGUACAAGAAGAUGCUUAGCAGUGUUGUUCAGUAUGGAAGUGUUAUUCAGCUUCUUCAUGUCAAGAGUAACAAGUUCCUGACAGUGAACAAACGUCUGCCUGCUUUAAGAGAAAAGAAUGCAAUGAGGGUGACUUUGGAUCCCAAUGGAAAUGAGGGCUCAUGGUUUUAUAUUUCCCCAUUUUACAAAUUAAGAGCAGCAGGUGACAAUGUCGUAAUAGGAGAUAUGGUAAUUCUGAACCCAGUAAAUGCUGGGCAGCCAUUACAUGCAAGUAAUCUUGAACUGAUUGACAAUCCAGGAUGCAAGGAGGUGAACUGUGUAAACUGUAACACCAGUUGGAAGAUUUCACUGUUUUUGUCGUACGAAGAGAAUGAUGAGGACAUUCUAAAAGGAGGGGAUGUUGUACGUCUCUUCCAUGCUGAGCAAGAAAAGUUCCUGACAAGUGAUGAUUAUAAGAAAAAGUCUGUUGUUUUUCUGCGCACAACUGCCAGACAAACAGCAACAUCGGCAACAAGUUCAAAAGCACUCUGGGAAGUAGAGGUCGUUCAACAUGACCCUUGCAGGGGUGGUGCGGGGCUGUGGAAUUGUCUGUUUCGAUUCAAACAUCUGGCAACUGGAGACUAUCUUGCUGCUGAGAUUGAUGAAGAUCCUACUAAAGACACACAGAGACAAAAACUCAAAGGUUCUGCUCCAGUGUAUCAUCUAGUGCCAGUACCCCACGGCAAUGAUAUCGCGUCUAUCUUUGAACUUGACCCAACCACACUGACUCGCUCAGACUCGCUGGUUCCCAGAUGCUCUUACGUGCGCCUGCGUCAUCUCUGUUCAAACACCUGGGUACAUUCUACAUCCAUCCCUAUUGACAAAGGAGAAGAGAGACCAGUUAUGCUCAAGGUUGGAACAGCGAGUAUCAAAGAAGACAAAGAAGCCUUCGCCAUUGUGCCCGUCCCGCCCCUAGAGGUACGAGACUUGGACUUUGCUAAUGACGCCAGUAAAGUACUCGCCUCUUUUGCCAAGAAACUGGAGACUGGAAGCUACACUCAGCAUGAACGAAGGUUUGUGACGCAGUUGUUGAUGGAUUUGGUGUAUUUCGUGACAGAACACGACAGCAGUGGAGAAGACAUCCUCAACAUACAGGUCCAAAAUCCAAAYAGGGACAGACAGAAACUGAUGCGAGAACAGAAUAUCCUAAAAGAGGUUUUUAAUUUGCUCAAGGCGCCGUUCAACGACAAAGGGAACGGUCCUUUAAUGAAAAUCGAAGAAUUGGCAGACCAGCGGAAUGCUCCCUUAAGACACAUCUUUAGAUUAUGUUAUCGUGUGCUACGUCACUCCCAGCAAACCUACCGCAAAAACCAGGAAUACAUCGCCAAACAGUUUGGUUUCAUGCAGGCGCAGAUCGGUUACGACAUUCUUGCUGAGGAUACAAUAACAGAUUUAGUACACAACAACAGAAAACUUUUAGAGAAACAUAUCACGAGGACCGAGAUUGAAACAUUUGUCAGUCUCGUUCGCAAGAAGAAGGAAUGCAGGUUUUUGGACUACCUGUCUGACUUAUGCGUAUCAAACCACACAGCUAUCCCAGCUACUCAAGAACUGAUCUGUAAAACUGUCCUACACCCUGUAAACUCUGAUCUUCUGAUAGAAACAAAGUUAAUAGACGGUGAGCUGUAUCUGGUGUGGGAUACUGGGAAGCAUUUGAAGUCACAACGAGAUCUGGCGAAAGGAGUAAAGCUGGCGAUAAAAGAAGACAUCAAAAUCCUUGACUACUACCGGUACCAACUCAACCUGUUCUCCCAGAUGUGUCUAGACAGACAGUAUUUAGCUAUCAAUAACAUCAGCAAACAGCUGGACGUUGACCUUAUUCUCAGGUGUAUGGCAGACAAGGAGUUCACGUGUGACCUCAGGGCAGCCUUCUGUAGGUUAAUGCUGCACAUGCAUAUCGAUCGUGACCCACAGGAACCAGUGACGCCUGUCAAAUAUGCUCGGUUAUGGACUGAAAUACCAACUGAAAUGACUAUUGACGUAUAUGAUCAGCACGAGGCAGUAGGUGAAGAACGGGAGGAAAUCAGAAAGAGAUUUGAAGGCGUGAUACACUUUGUUGAGAACUACUUACACAAUAUCAGCAGCAAUGUGUUUGCUUUUCACGACAAAGAACAGAAUAAACUCACCUUCGAGGUUGUCCAGAUUGCCAGGAAUCUUAUCUACUUUGGUUUCUAUGGAUUCAGUGACCUGCUACGGCUCACUCAGACACUCUUGUCUAUCCUGGACUGUGAGCAAAGAGGCUUCGCAGGAAUACAACAAUCUUCCGCGAAGAGUGAUGAAAAUGCCAACAAAAUGGAUGUCACCAAGAGCAUUCAUAGCCUAGGGGCCGCAAUGACCAGGGUGGCGUUUGGAGGGAGYCUUGAUCCAUGGGGGCUUAUUAAGCAGAGUGAAUCAGGACCCAAAGUUGAGGGUGAAACUGACCAUGUUGUCAUGGAAACUAAACUAAAAGUGAUUGAGAUUCUGGAGUUUAUAAUGAAUGUGAGACUUGAUUACCGUAUUUCAAGUCUGUUGACGAUAUUCAAGAAGGAUUUUGACGAGAGUAAUGCUAACAUGGGUGAAGUCGAUGGCGAUACAGGAAAGAAAAAGCGGUGUAAAAUCGAUGAGGCUGGGGUACCACACUUCCUCGCUCCACACACCUGGAUCGACUUGGAAAACAUUAGCGCACAAGCAGAAGCUAUCUUUGGUGGUUCCCUUGGGUCAGCUGAGAUUGACCUUGACCUUGAUGGUCAGGGGGGACGCACCUUCCUCAGAGUUCUUCUGUACCUCUGUAUGCAUGACUACCCUCCCCUGGUCACAGGCGCGUUACAGCUUCUCAUGAGACAUUUCAGUCAACGACAAGAAGUGUUGCAGGCAUUCAAACAGGUUCAACUGUUAGUAUCCAAUAGUGAUGUCGAGAACUACAAGCAGAUCAAAACAGACUUGGACGAACUGCGGCUGUUGGUUGAGAAGUCUGAGCUGUGGGUGUACAAGAGUAAGAAGGAUUCCGUGUCAGCUUCAUCGGGGAAAGACAAGAAGAAAAAGGAAAAGAAGAAGGAUAAGAAAAAGGAAGGAGCAGAUGAGGGGAUCAUUAAGAAGGAGGCAGUGAACCAAGAUAGUGAUAAAAAUGGAAGAGAAGACAGUGAUUCUGAUGAGGCUUUUCGAAGAAGAAUCCCAAGUGACAGCUCGCUUGAACUCGAAGUGGAACACUCAGAAUCCAUGACCCUUAAAAAUUACAAGAAAGUCGAAGCUAUUCUACAGCGUCUGAGUCAACUGUGUAUAUCGUACGGUCCGGGCGACUCCAAGAAGAAUCGAAAACACGAACAAAGACUACUGCGCAACAUGGGUGCGCAUACUGUUGUGUUAGAGUUACUGCAGAUCCCUUACGCAAAGAAUGAAGACAUCCGGAUGGAAGAAAUCAUGGUCCUUGCGCACGAGUUCCUGCAAAACUUUUGUCUCGGCAACCAACAGAAUCAGUCACUACUGCACAAACACUUGGACCUGUUCCUUACACCAGGGCUACAAGAGGCUCAGACAUUACGUCAUAUCUUCAUGGAUAACUCAGCUCUGUGUUACGAGGUGACGGAACGUGUUGUACAACACAUUGUACACUGUAUUGAGACUCGAGGCAGACAUGUUGAAUACCUAAAACUACUACAGACUCUUGUCAAGGCUGAAGGACAGUCCAUACGUAAAACACAAGACAUUGUCAUGGCAGAGUUGGUGAAUGUCGGUGAAGACGUGCUGGUAUUCUACAGCGAAUCUCAAGCCUUCAAUAACCUGAUCGAGAUGAUGCAGUCAGAACGAGAACGACUUGACGAAGCUGGCUCACUUCUCUACCACAUCAACCUUGUACAGCUGCUAGCGUGUUGUACUGAGGGCAAGAAUGUGUACACUGAGAUCAAGUGUCAUAGUCUUCUGCCUCUUGAUGAUAUCGUUAGGGUUGUCACGCAUCGGGAUUGUAUAUCAGAGGUGAAGAAUGCGUACGUGAAUUUUCUCAACCACUGUUACGUGGACACAGAAGUCGAGAUGAAAGAAAUAUACACCAGCAACCAUAUAUGGACGUUAUUCGAAGACUUUCUCGUCGACAUGGCAAGGGUGUGCAAUACUGUGGACAGGUUCCAUGUAGACCUCAUGUUAGAGAAAUACGUCACAGAGACCAUCAUGAACCUUAUUACUUUCUUCUUCAACUCGCCUUUCUCUGACACAAGCACUACUAUCAAGUCCCGCCAACCAGUGUUCGUCAAGUUGCUUCGUAGUGCAUUCCGCGUGUCACAGUGUUCAUGGUUAUCAGGCUCACAGAAAUACCAAGUCGAAGCUUGCAUCAAGGCUCUCUCUGACAUAGCCAAGAAUCGUGGUAUUGCCAUACCCGGUGACCUAGAGACACAGAUCCUGGCUCUGUUUACUCGUUCACAGCUGGUGAUGAAGCACACACGACAUUGGUUGAGCCAUGGCAAAGUGAGGCGGGAAUCUACCAUGCACCUGUCACGUGAUUACAGAAGUAUUAUAGAGGGAUUACAGGACAUAGUAUCGUUGUUAGAGGAUCAACUACGUCCUCUGAUCCAAGCCGAGUCGUCUCUGUUAGUUGAUGUGCUCUACAGACCUGAGCUCAUGUUUCCUGGACAUUCUGAGGCCAGACAAAAGGCAGGAGGUGGUGGAUUUGUGUCCAGGCUGGUACGUCACACCAAGCAGUUACUACAAGAUACCAAUGGAGAAUCCCUGUGUAUUCUUGUACUUCAAACUCUCCGGGCCAUGAUUGCAAGGGACACUGAUUUUGGCGAAAAGGGCGAGGCCUUGAGGGUGUCGUUACUCAAGCGUUACUAUGGCGCUAAUUACUCCAUGUCACGUGACCAGAAGAAGAAAACCAAAGACACGCUGAUUAAAAAGACCGUCGUCCAACCUUACGGUUCUGGCGUGACAGGACCUGGUGCUACUUACCUGUCACGCGCGGGUGUCACGCUAUUCGAAAUGCAGUGUCACCUUGGUGGAUGUGGUCUUUCGGACCUGAUUGUGGACCUGAUUAUAGCCUCGCCAAACCAUAGGAUAUUCCAGGAAGUGAUGGAGGUCGCCAUCGUUCUGCUGGAGGGUGGCAACCCUGUCAUACAGAACUACAUCCGUCGUCAAGACAACAAGACCAACUACAACCUGGUACACGAAACCCUUCAGUUCCUGGACUGUAUAUGUGGUAGUACGUCUGGUGGUCUGGGGUUACUGGGCUUGUACAUCAACGAGAACAAUGUUGAAUUGAUCAUCCAGUGUUUGGAAAGUCUGACAGAAUACUGCCAAGGACCCUGCCAUGAAAACCAGAAUGCUAUCGCACUUCACGAGUCCAACGGCAUUGACAUUGUCAUCGCUCUCGUGUUGAACGACAUCAACCCGCUUGGUAAACAAAGAAUGGAUCUUGUUCUGGAGUUGAAGAAUACAGCAUCCAAGACGUUGCUAGCGGUGAUGGAGAGCAGACACGAUAGCGAGAACUCUGAGAGAAUACUUUACAAUAUGACACCAAAACAAUUGGUUGAUGUAUGUAAACAGGCCUAUCACCAGGAAGACAUAAUAGAUGAAGAAGAAUCUGACACAUCGCCACGUGAUGUCGGGCACAACAUUUACAUCUUGGCUACUCUUCUUUCUCAACAAAACAAGGAGCUUGGUUCGCUUCUCAAAGUUGGCACCCAAACAGACUCUGAUGUCGAGGAAUUCCCGGGAGACAGUGCUUUGGAAUAUUACGCCAAGAACACGGCUCAGAUCGAGGUUGUUCGUCAAGAUCGGAUCAUGGAACAAAUAGUCUUCCCUGUACCACAAAUAUGUGAAUUCUUGACAGAAGAGAGCAAGACAAUGGUAUACACUACAUGCGAAAGAGAUGAUCAGAAUAGUAAAGUGUCAGACUUCUUUGACAGGACAGAAAACUUGUACCAGGAAAUGGAAUGGCAGAAGAAACUAAGAGAACAUCGGCUUCUCUUCGGACUAAGUAGUCGUUUAAGCCUGUGGCAACAAAUAUCGAUCAACCUCUCUGUGUUAAUUAACCUUCUGGUUGGAUUUUUCUAUCCAUUCUCUGAUGGUCCGGGAGAACUGGACCCCCGUCUUUCUGCUCUAGUGUGGCUGGCCAUGCUAGUAUCUUUUGCUAUCAUCAUUACAUUCCCUCGUCCGUCUGGAAUCAGAACAUUCGUCGGCUCGACUAUCAUUAGACUCAUCUUCUCUCUAGGACUGGAGCCUACACUUUAUGUACUAGGACUAGCAAACGUCAUAAACAAAGCAAUAUCCGUGGUUAGUUUCGUCGGUAAUCAUGGUACAUUUCAGUACGGUCUUCAUCGCAUGAUAACAGACAAGGAACUAGUCUUACACCUAACAUACUUUGGCUUUGGAAUACUUGGACUCACUGUACACGCUUUCUUUUACUCUGUACUCUUAUUAGAUGUGAUAUUUCGGGAAGAAACCCUCUUGAAUGUUAUCCGUAGUGUCACUCGUAAUGGUCGGUCUAUUAUCUUGACUGCCAUACUCGCUCUUAUCCUGGUCUACAUGUUCUCUCUUGUGGCUUUCUUGUUUCUUAAGGAUGAUUUCUUGGUUGAGACAGACCCUCCUCAACUUCCUCCAGCAAUAGGAGAAAAGUUCUGUCCUGCAGGUAGUAAGGAUUGUGACUCUUAUUCCAUGGCCAAUAGUCUGGAGCAUGUUUCAGAUUCAGUAACAAACAAAGGUGAUGGCGAAGAAUCAGGUUCUGUUAAAGAAAGAGCCUGUGACACCCUGAUCAUGUGCAUCGUGACGACACUUAACCAAGGUCUGCGGAAUGGAGGUGGUAUUGGUGAUGUGCUCAGACGACCUUCAAGCAAGGAAAAGAUGUUCGUAGGGCGUGUGAUCUAUGAUCUGCUUUUCUUCUUUGUGGUGAUUAUUAUUGUUCUUAAUCUCAUCUUUGGUGUCAUCAUUGAUACAUUUGCCGACUUGAGAAGUGAGAAACAGAAUAAGGAUGAAAUCCUGAAAAAUACUUGUUUUAUUUGUGGUCUUGACCGGUCUGCAUUUGAUAAUAAAUCAGUGUCAUUUGAAGAACACAUCAAACUUCAACACAACAUGUGGCAUUAUCUGUUCUUCAUUGUACUCCUCAAGGUCAAAGACCCUACAGAGUUUACUGGGCCUGAAAGCUAUGUUGCUCAAAUGAUCAAGGAAAAGAACUUGGACUGGUUUCCAAGGAUGCAGGCUAUGAGUCUUGCCAUUGAUGAAGGAGAAGGAGAGCAGAAUGAGAUGCGUAAUCUGAGUGACAAGCUGGAAAACACAGCUAAACUAGUAGCAACCCUCUCACAGCAACUGUCUGAACUAAGAGAACAGAUGACAGAACAAAGGAAACAAAAGCAGCGCAUCGGUCUCUUGGGCCCACACAAUAGUCUCGUUCCCACAUCAUCCAACAACUUCAAAAUUUAAUGGUGUACUAUUAAGCAAUAAAUGCAGAUGUUCUCAAAUAUACAACACUGUGAUAUAACCACUCGAGAGUUCAAUCAGCCAUGUGUAUUCACAGAUUAUUAUUCAUAUUCAAUUACAGAAAGAUCAAUGACAUGAUUCAGUCAAAAGAUUAAUAGAAUCAUAAAAUUAAUAGUAUUAUAUUUUAUUGUUACGAUAUAUAUGUUAUGAUUAGAAAGUUUAUUAUUAUUAUUUUGUUCUCAUAUAUAUUUUUGUUGCAUGCUAGUAUUCAUGGGUACCCAUUUCUAUAAACCUAGCCUGCUAGAGUAAUUUUAUUUAACCCGUGAAAGAAAAAGGACUAUUUAGCUAGUACUAGUUGAUAAAAAAAAUGAAAGAAAACAAUGGGUUUAGAGUCGACUAAUAACUGUUGUGCGUACUAUUUUUUGAAGGGUUAAAUAAAUUCACUCUACUAAACAAAACAAUAACACUUUGAUCUGAUUGUAAAAUUUUAUUGUUUAUGAUGUUUUGGAAGAACGGAAAACAGUAGCUCAAGGUAAAUAAGUUCAUGUGGGGUGCUUCAUAUUUCAUACUCCAGUUGCAGCUCAGUUUUUAGAAUCAUUUUUGUUAUGAAACCUAAAAAAGCCUUUUAAAAUUUUGAUUGUCAGGAUUCAAAAACCACAAUGUAGAGUUAUAACUUUGCAGAAACUAAGAGUGUUUGAGAAAAUAAUGUCAAGUUGGGAUAAUAAUAUGAAUCUUUUUCUAGUAACUUGGUAAUAAUCUGCACUAUGUACAUGUCUUUUUCUGUGUCCAAAACCUUGUAAUAAUGAAAUUUGUACACUUGGGUACCAUAUGCACAGCCUAUUUACAGAGAAUUUUUCAUUUCCAAUAUUAAAAAGAAAGUGGUUGAUGGGAUUUUGAAGAUAUCUUUAACAUAAUAAUAACAUUUGAUAAAAUCAAUAGUAGAUGUGUGGUAAAUAAUAAUUAAUAAUCACGAGUUGUGUAGAAAUUGAUUUUAAUAAGUUAAUAAUAAUUAAUUAGAGUUAUUUGAAGGAUUUUAGGUAUUUAAUAAAAUGAAAGUGCUAGAACACCCAUCUAUCUUAAACCAACAAAAAUGAAUAGAAAUUGCAAAAAGGUUGGUAUUAAGAAUAUUUAUAAAUGUAUAAAGCAGAAUCCAUAGAGAGUGGGAAUGAAUGGUAUUUCAGCACUCAAAUGGCUUCCUUCUGAACCAAUCAGAAGACAGGAAAUCUUCACCUGUAUCUCGGCCAAUAACAUUGCUUGAAUGCAACUGUUUUCAGUUUCCACUUAAAAAUUUGCUUUGUUUCUCAGAUGUGGUAUAAAUAGCUCUCUUAAUAUGUAGUAAUGCUAUUUAUAGUUUGUUGAUGUAAUGAUUUUGUUCAUAAGUAUAUUUCAUCAUCGUCAUCAUCAUCAUCAAUCAAAUCCAUGUACAUCCUUCAAGAUUGUAUAUUAUUUUGUUGUAAAUUUAUCAAUAAAUAUUUUGAUAUUUU